AUGAUGAUGAUUGAUGAACCAAUUAAAGGGUGUAUGGAUCAAUACAUCAAUUCAGAGUAUACAGGAGAAAGGAUAAAAGAUGAUGAUAUAGUAUUACAAGUUCAAAGAUUAAAACCAACAAAUAAAUCAUCAUACAUUCAAUUAUAUCUAUCAGAUUCAAUUCAUUUGUUUACAUCAUUGUAUCGAAUCAAAAAGAAACAUGAUGACGACGAUUAUGAUGUCUAUGAUGAUGAUAAUCUUCUUCCACCAAAAUGUAAUGAAUUGAUUAGAAUCAAAUCAUUAACAUUAACAAAAGAGAAACAUAUUGUUAUUAAAGAGUUUGAAUCACUUGGUAUUCUUUCAACACUGAUUGGUCGACCUAAACUUCAUAUGGUCUAUCAACCUCUUGUACAACGGUACAUAACAGUCAGGAAUCUUCAAAAAUAUAGUCAACCUAAACCAUCUUCAGUAUCAGAGGAUCAUGACAAACAAUAUGGAAUCACAAGUUUAAAAGAUUUGAAAGAGGGAGUCUCAGACUAUCACUUGACCGUAUGUGUAUUGGUUAGAAUGAAAUCAGAGCUUAGAGAAGGACCAAGAGGUAGUGUAUUUACAUUAGAGUUGGUCGAUACCAAAACACAUGAUUGUGUGCCGGCAGUAUCAUUUAGUCAGGAAAUACCUUCAAAUUAUACUGCAAUUCAUCCAGGAUUUCCAAGGAAUAAUAACUCAAAAUUUCAAUUGGUCAUUGACAAGACGGCCAAGGUAUUAGAGGUACCUCCUCAACAAAGAUUACAUCAAGAUGCAUGGACCAAAUUCAAUUUUAUAAAUAUCGAUCAGUUGGGCCCAACUGCAAUCCCUAUCGAGACUGUCAAUAGAGAUUCAAUAUUGGUAGAUGUAAUUGGUAAAAUAUUGUCUAUAUCAGAUAUAUCAUCAAUCGAAUUGCGUAAUGGUGGUAUUGUCCCUACUCUAUUAGUCAAUAUUUUCGACACUUCAAAUACAUCGAUCGAUAUUACAUUUUGGGGAGAACAUGCACUUAGCUGUCAACAACAAUUAAAAGUUGGUGAUAUUAUAACUCUCUAUCAAGUUAAAUUGACCAAUUACUCUGGUAGAUCACUUUCAUUUGCAACGUCUCGUCUUGAUAUCAAUCCAUCAAACUUUCCUCAAUAUCAACAACUUUUGGCAUUUAUCAAUCAUCCAACUACUAUAGAGAGUAAGAUAUUGGAACCAAAAAACCUUUCAUCCAACAAAUCCCCAGACAAAGCAGAUAUGCAUCCACCAAUAACUGCUAAAUACCUCCUUUCAAAUCCAAAUUUUGAAGAUUAUAAAGAAGGAGCUACAAAUAUCUAUGUACUCAAUGAUGAAACUGGGUCAGUCAAUAUAUCUAUUAUUGGAUAUUCUGAAUCCAAAGUAUUUGGUCCAAAUGUCCAACAAGACAACAACACCACUAGUUCUUUACGAAUGAUGAUUAAAAAAGAAAGACCUUCAGAUGGUGAACAUCAUCAGAUUUCAGGACCAGCUUUAAAUUUCUCAAUUGUCGGUGAAAACCUCAAAUUAUAUGUACAUAAUAUAAAUACUCUAGGACUAUAG